GCGCUCCGGCGGCCUGCUGUCACCUCCGUCCGUCCGUCCACAGCUGCGGAGCCGCGAUGCUGCAGGAAACAUGGUGAUCGACUCAGCUCACAGGAUUUCGCAACUUUCCGCCCACUGACGCACCUUUUGGCGCAGACUCGCCUCUGAAAUGGCGCAGCCCAACCACAGCUGUCACUACAAUGAGUCCAUGAGCUUCUUCUACAACAAAAGCGGCGGCGACGACAAGUGGGACUCGGCUCAGCUCAUCCUGGUGCAGGUGGUGGGCUCGCUCUUCUGCUGCUUCAUCCUGGUCUCCAACGCCAUGGUCAUCGCCGCCGUGGUCACCAACAAGAGGUUCCACUACCCCUUCUACUACCUGCUGGCCAACCUGGCCGCCUCCGACUUCCUGGCCGGCAUCGCCUACGUGUACCUCAUGUUCAACACGGGUCCGGUGUCGCGGAAGCUGACGGUCCGAGGAUACUUCAUCCGCCAGGGCCUCCUGGACAUCAGCCUCUCGGCGUCGCUGGCCAACCUGCUGGUCAUCGCUCUGGAGCGCUACAUCUCCGUCAUGAACUGGAAGGUCCACAGCAACCUGACCAAGAGGAGGGUGACGCUGCUCAUCGUGCUGGUGUGGGCCAUCUCCAUCUUCAUGGGCGCCGUGCCCAGUCUGGGCUGGAACUGCAUCUGCAACCUGAGCAAAUGCUCCCAGCUGGCGCCCAUCUUCAGCCGGAGCUACCUGAUCUUCUGGUCCGUCUCCAACCUGGUGGUGUUCCUCGUCAUGGUGGUCAUCUACAUGCGGAUCUACGCCUACGUCAAGAAGAAGACGUCGGUGCUGAUGCCGCACACCAGCGGCUCCAUCAACCGCAAGAGGACGCCCAUCAAGCUGAUCAAGACGGUCAUGGUGGUGCUCGGGGCCUUUGUGUUCUGCUGGACUCCCGGUCUGGUGGUUCUGCUGCUGGACGGCCUCAACUGUCAGAGCUGCCAAGUGAUGAAGCUGAAGCGCUGGCUGCUGCUCCUGGCCGUGCUCAACUCCGUCAUGAACCCCUGCAUCUACUCCUACAAGGACGAGGAAAUGUGGAUGACCUUCAAGAACCUCAUGCGCUGCAUCGGCAACGGCACUCGGCGGCAGCGGUCGACGAAGGCCAACUCCAGGCCGCUGAGCUCCGGCCAGGACACGGUCAACAGCCAGCCGCCCUCGGAGGAGAUGAAGAGCGACGAUCAGGGAAUUCUCAAGACCUGAGGGGGGAUCUCUUUCUGUCCAAAUCGGACUGGACUUGUGAGGACACAGAUUGGAGUUGACUUGAAGCUGCACACUUUGUCUGCAGUUGGUCUCUGUGGUGUUUUCCUAAAGAGACGCUGCAGGGUUGUGGUCAGACGGAGAUAAGGGAUCUUCAUGCACUACUAAUCCCCCUAAUGGAUGUUGAGAUGUGCUGUUUUGACAGGAUUUCAUUGUCCGAUUACACAACAACAGGAAUCGUUGUGCAAUGGGAGAUUCCCGUUGCUGUUCCAUCUUCCUCGUUUCAUCCCUGUGGGUUAUUUAAAUAUCCUCGAUAUCGAAAAAGUCGGCUUUACAUUUACAGGGUAAAAAUCACGUGACUUUCUCCCCAAUAUAAACUUGUGUAUAUCUGCUUGACUCAUCCUGUAGGUUUACUUCACGUGUAGCUUUUCCAAGAAGAAAUACUGUAAUGGAGGAAGUAGUCAGGAAAUAUAACUUGUCUGUAGCCAGGAAUUCUAAAACUGUAGGCUCUCUGUCAGUUUUUAAGAUAUUCUGUAAACGGCUCUACUGUAUGCAUCGACUUGUGGCUUGACUGGAUCGUUUUCUGCAUAUUUAAUUCCGGUUAUAGAAUCCCAACCCGCCUCCUUUUGUUAAGCAGUUUUGCCUCUGGGGACGAGACAGCAGUCACUCCUCUCCACUUCCAUCUGUCUCCUUUAUCAGCUCAUCAAACAGAUGAACUCCCACCUGCGGCACCUCACGGAGGCAAACCCGUUCGCCCUGUAGCGUGUUUCCACGUCACCUCGCUGGAUGGCUGCUGUCGCUCUGACGAAACAGCUGCUCACCUGACCGGCUGUAAGAAGACGUUGCGACACACUGGAUUCCUGCAGGAACCGAAGAGGAUCUGACUGAACGGACUGUGACUCCCACAUUAUUUAUGUCACUUCUGCUGCAGAGGACGUCGUUAAAGCUGUUUAAUUUUCACCUUGGGAGCGUAGCGCAUGAGUGGAAAGGUUUAUGGCUCCAGUGGCUUUUUGCAGCGUGACUUUUUAAAAAUCCUCAAACUCACUGACUUUGUUGUGUAACUCUGGAGAUUUUUUGUUUUUGUAAUGCAUCAAACAUAUAUAUUAUGUGGUUUUUUUUUCUCUUUCUUUCUUAGAAACAGAAGCAUAAAUGUGCUGAAAUCUAUAUUUUUUUAUACUAUUCCAUAAUUUUAUUAAUUUUUAGCCAUGCUAGCAGUUCGACUCAUUUGUUUUUUAUAGUUGGUUGGUCCUCCUCUGUAGCUAAAACUGAGCUGUCUCUACAACUACUGAAUGGCUUGUCAUGAAUCUUUGUUUUUGACAUUUCUCAUGUCCAGAGGAUGAACACUGGGCUGCAGGUAUAAGCCUACCGCUGGCUGCUCAUUUCAGGUGGAUUAGUCCUUCGUUUAUGUUAUUUGCAUGGUGCUGUUUUCAAAAUCGAGUUUACUACGAGAAGCAGCAGCAAACUGUCACACUGAAAAUUUAGAAGCUUUUUAACAACAUUUUAAUGGCAUCUCUGCGUGCAAUUGUUCCACCAAACAAUUCCACCGGGACUAUUUUGAGGGAACGCCGAAGCUCCAUCAUUCCUUCAGACCAUUCUGCACCUGUUCCAGGUUCCAGGUCCAGAGAAUUUCCUCUUACAGGAUCAGUAAAGCAACUAAAAGUAGAAGGCAAAGUGCGACUAACUGUCGUGCUCUUAACAAUUGUUGCAUGUGUUCUCCUGAAAUGUGUCACCGUUCAGGAUGAAUUGCAUUAACUGUGAUGAUCCUGCGGCUCGUUUGUUCCGUUUUCUGUCCUUCUCAGAUCGCUGCAAAGCAAAUUAUCUGCAUUUGGCAUCAGCUGUGCUUUUUGGCAGCGCUAAUGAGCAAGAACAGACACGCUAGCAUGCUAACCUGAGACAGUGAACAUGCCAAGCAUUACCUGCUACGAGUGCGAGGCUUUUUAAAUGCUGCACACACACACCACCCACUUGGCACUUGCAUCAGCCAAAACAAAUCUUAGGAUUACCUGCAGACCCUGUUUGACUGAGUCCGACUGUCUCAGGACUGAAGAUAAUCAGCACAAACUGAUAAUACCUGAUUGUUACAGUUCGGUCUGAUGACUUCAGACAACUCUGCAGAUUUUAUUGCACCAACAAAGACCGCCAACGGGAUUAACUGACCCUCCAAUUACAUGAUUUGCUGUGCAGUCGGCGGCUGAUGAAGCACCGCUGUUUGGCUCUUCAGGACGAUUAACGGUGACCUCUAGUCUCCAUUCGGUCGGUUACAUUACAGGCAAAAGAGGCAAAACAACUGAAACGUUUGAUUGAAUCAGCGCUUGGAGCUGUAAAAGAAAGUGCCUAAAAUUAGUAUAAUUUAUUUAAGUAAGCACCAUCUCAAAAUUUUCAUCUGGAAACGUGAUAAAAGUUGUAGUCGGAAGGAAGAGUGACGCGUUCCAACAUUGACGCAUGCUGUCUAGAUUAUAAAAUGUACAUUCUGUGCAUGUAGAUGUAAAUCUCAGUCAGUUCCCACUACAGUACAUCCGGUGUACAUUCCCAUACAGCCCCUCUGUUCUCCCCAACAGCCCUGUAAAAGUUUCAACUCUGCCCUCUAAUUUACACAACUCGACAUGCUUGAAAUGCAGCCCUAUUGUUUGCCCUCUGCGACCACAAACCCACAGCCAUUUUUAUUCUCUCCCAGACUGGAGGUAACCUGUUUUAACGGCAUUCCUAAUCACAAUAACAUCUCACCGUUCCCUUGAGCGCGACCAGAAUCCUUCGACACUCGAAGAAUUGUACGUUUCGCUCCCUGAAAAUCCUCACGAUGUAAAUGAUGCUCAGUUUAGUUUAGGCUGCUGAGGCUCAGCUUGCUGUAAAGUCAUGUGGUUUGCAUUAGGAACACGCUGCAUCGAGGACUAUAUGUCCUCUGCAGACCUGUCGUGACUGCAGCCUGCCGCUCUGGUUCGGCAGUCCCAAAAACAUAAACUGUAAACUGUGUGGUGUGGCAGCCUUUUUCUACAGCUGUGCUGUAAUUAUGCAUUCUUGAAAAGCCAAUUAAAUUUCACAGAUGUUCAGAAA